UUGUCUAUAAAAACACAACACACCCAAUCCAACAUACUCAACAACAUCUUACAAAAAAAACACAGAAAAAGAGCUUGUAAAAUGGCAAAGCCUCUUUCUAAAGAUUCUAGUGCAGUCACCAUCCUCUCAAAAUGCACUGUUUACCCAGACAAGAAAUCAACUCUUGGAGACUUGAAACUCUCUGUCUCAGACCUCACCAUGAUAUGUGCUCAAUACAUCCAAAAAGGCUGCCUCUUCACAACUCCAUCUCUUCCCUCUCAAACCCUCAUUCCUCACCUUAUAACUUCUCUCUCUAAAACCCUCUCUCUCUUCCCUCCACUCGCUGGCCGUUUCUUAACCGACCCCGAUGGUUACAUCUACAUCUCAUGCAACGACGCUGGCGUUGAUUUCAUCCAUGCAACCGCCACUCAUCUCACUAUCACCGACCUUUUGUCACCAUCCGAUGUCCAUGCUGCAUUCAAGCAAUUCAUCCCUUUUCACUGUAAAAUCAACUACUCCGCUCAUUUCUCACCAAUCUUGGCCAUUCAGGUCACCUACCUCGCAGACGGAAUCUUCAUCGGUUUCGCCGUAUCUCAUGCUGUCACAGACGGUACUACCAUCUGGAACUUCUUCAACACGUUCGCCGAGAUUUCCAGGGGAGUCACGCAACCUACCAGAAUCCCAGACUUCCGCCGGGAUUCCAUUCUGAAUUCAAAAGCCGUCCUCCGUUUGUCGGAGGACGAAAUCAACGUGACGUCCAAAUCUGACGAGCCUGUGCGUGAGAGAAUCUUCAGUUUCACUCGAGAAGCAAUUCAGAAGCUAAAAACAAGAGUGAAUCGCAACCGUACAUCCCCGGCGGAGAUUUCAUCGUUUCAGUCGCUCUCCGCUCUAAUGUGGCAAUGUGUUACACGCGCUAGGAAGCUUGAGGGAACUAAAACAACGACGGUUAGAAUGGCCGUUAAUAUUCGUAACCGUCUGGAGCCGAAGUUAUCGGAGUAUUAUUUCGGGAACGCGAUUCAGAGCAUUGCCACGUAUGCAUCCGCCGGUGACGUGGUUGAUAACGAUCUUACAUGGUGCGCGGAGCAGUUGAAUAAGAAUAUUAGGGAGUACAAUAGUGAUGUGGUGAGGCGCGUCGUAGAGGAUUGGGAGCGCGAGCCGAAAGCUGUUAAGUUGGGGAAUCACGAUGGUGGGAUAGUGCAGAUUGGUAGUUCGCCUAGGUUUCCUAUGUAUGAUAAUGAUUUUGGAUGGGGGAGGCCGGUGGCAGUGAGGAGCGGCGGAGGGAAUAAGUUUGAUGGCAAGAUGUCGGCGUUUCCGGGGAGGGAAGGCGGUAAUUCUGUCGACAUGGAGGUGGUUUUGGCGACGGAAACGAUGGGGAUUCUUGAGAAUGAUCCUGAGUUCUUGCUUUACGCUUCUUGAGCAAUGACACGUGUCAUAAUUUUAAAACGGGUAGUUGUUACUUGCUCUGUCAUUGGUCUGUUGCUGUUUUUUAAAUUUUAAAUAAGGUGUGUUUGCAGAAUAAGGAGUAAAACUGAAACACUGUAACGGCUCUUUGCGAACCAUUGUGACCUAUCACGUAGUAUUUAGGUUUGUAGCAUAUUUUUCACGGGUUCCUUGAAAAUGGAGACCGAUAUUCAAUGCGUGAUAAGUGUUUUUCCGAUAAGUUUUUAAUUGUAAAUUUAUUGUUCAAGCCAUUGCAAUUGAUUACUCAU